GGAGGAGCCGCUGAAUUGGGUCACAUGGGUUCUCUCUGCCUCUUCAGUCGCUCACCUGGAGCUCCUCCGUGCAGGAGAAUCGUGCCGGCGCGGAGCGAAGCACCCGAACCUUAAGUUAGCUGGUUCCGGUUGGCACGGGUCGGAUCCUCGCGGCAGACAGAGGCAGAGAUCGGUGCUUUUUUUUCUUUUUCUUCCUCUGGUCCGAAAACCUGCCGCUGCGCUCUGCGGAGGUCCUCGCUUCCGCAAACUACCUGUUCGAUCCCGGCUUUACAGCAGAAACACGGAUUCAGCGGGAGCGCUCGCGGGGAGAUGGACCCGAGCAGAGCCGGAGGCGUCAUUGCCUACAUCAGCUCAUCCAGCUCCGCUUCCAGCCCCGAGUCCUGCCACAGCGAAUCCUCCAAUGGCAGCUACAGGGCAUCUUCGCCUUCGCUCCGCGGGUCCUCCCCCACCCCGAGCCGCAGGACCCAGCCGGCCAAGCCCCAGCUGGGUGCCGAUGACCAAGACCUUCCUGCUCCUCCUAAAAACAAACGCUCUGCGUCCUCAGGAAAAUCCAGCAUCACAAAAAUUAACGGGCUGGUGCUGCUGUGUAAGGUGUGCGGGGAUGUGGCGUCCGGUUUCCACUACGGAGUUCACGCCUGUGAGGGCUGCAAGGGCUUCUUCAGGAGGAGCAUUCAGCAGAACAUCCAGUACAAGAAGUGCCUUAAGAACGACAGCUGCCCCAUCAUGAGAGUCAACCGCAACCGAUGCCAGCAGUGCCGCUUCAAGAAAUGCCUGAUGGUGGGAAUGUCUAGAGACUCUGUCCGCUUCGGUCGCAUCCCGAAGCGGGAGAAGCAGCGCAUGCUCCUGGAGAUGCAGAGCGCCAUGGACAACAUGAUGAAUGACAGCCGCUUGCAGAAUCAGCCGCAAGGCCCGCCGCUGCCACCCGUCGCCAAACGGCUGCCGCCCGUCGCCAAACCGCUGCUGGCCAGCGCCACCAAACCCGUUUUUGAGGAGACCGGCCCCGCCCAUUCUACCUCUUCUUCACCACGCUCCAGCCAGUCAGAAUCGAGCUCCGACCCCGAGCCUGCUGUCUCCGUGGAAACCAGCUCUGCCUCACCCAGCAUGUCAGACAGCAGCGAGGAGGAAGUGAUCGGCACGGUGACCAGAGCCCACCAGGAGACCUUUAUGUACAACCAGGAGCAGAGCAGCCUGCUGCCAGAGGCCCCUCCCCACCAGCUGACGGAGGAGGGGCUGCGAGCCUGGAACCGCCAGAACAACAUGGCAACAGCGGCCGCCCACAGCUCGGCCUCCGGUUUUCCUCGAGACAUAAAGGAGAGCACCGCCAGGCAGUGCCCAUUCAAACUGUCCUCAGGUGCCCCCAUUACUCCCUGUCAGGGCUUCAAGCACGGAGCUGUCCAAGCCCAGCCCACUUACACCUGUGCCCCUGGAGUCCAGCAGGAGUGGAGCAGUGGCAACAGGAUGUACCUAGUUUGUCCAAUGAACAUAUCUCCUCACGUGAGUCUGCACAAGACUGGCAACGAGGUGUGGGAGGAGUUCUCCCACUGCUUCACGCCCGCCGUAAGGGAAGUGGUGGAGUUCGCCAAGAAGAUCCCCGGCUUCAGGGACCUGUCGCAGCACGACCAAGUCAGCCUGCUGAAGGCGGGCACCUUUGAGGUAUUGGUGGUUCGCUUCGCCUCGCUUUUUAACGUCAAAGACCGCACGGUCACCUUCCUGGGAGGGAAGAAGUACAGAGUGGAGACGCUGAAGGCCAUGGGUUCUGGAUACCUCCUCAACUCCAUGUUUGACUUCAGCGAGAAGCUCAUGAAUUUGGGCCUCAGCGAGGAAGAGAUGAGCCUCUUCACCGCCGUGGUUCUGGUUUCUGCAGACCGCUCGGGCCUUGAGAAUGUGAACUCUGUGGAGGCGCUGCAGGAGACGCUGAUCCGAGCGCUGCGCAGCCUCAUCACCAGGAACCACCCCAACGAGUCGGCCAUCUUUACCAAGCUGCUGCUAAAACUGCCCGACCUGCGCUCGCUCAACAACGUGCACUCCGAGCAGCUGCUGGCCUUCAAGGUGCACUCGUGAAGGCUCCCGUCAGACCAGAACCAAACAGACCUUUGAAGCACCAUCGCCCCCACAUUUACAGCCCUUUCUAACCCCCCCUCCCGGGAGGGGCGGGGCGGAGCAUUCCUGAACUGCAGGGCGAGGUGAUAUGUAGCAGCUGUACAAAUGUUAGAAGCACUUUUCUGUGGAUUGUUGUCAUUCAGUGCAAUAUGUGACACUUUUUUUUUUUUUUUUAUUGGAGCUGCAGGAAAAUGUAUGUGGGGGGGUAGAUGAAUGUGUUCAUGCGUCAUCUUAUCUUUUCCUUUUUUUUGCAAAUUUACCACAGUGUCACGCUCUGGCCCAGGCGUCAGCUACCCCCUCCUCCCAGCUUAAAGAGAGCUGUACAUAGAGCAGCUGAGUCACUGCUGUGAAUACGUUUACAUAUGGUUGUAAUUUCUGAGGAUAAGCUGUGUUAUGGUGAGAGUCCAGCAUGAACGUCCAGAGCUUCUGUGUUUCUGUGAAACGACUGCAGCCGUUCCACACUCAUGCAGCAAAAUAUAGACUCAUUCCUUUGAGAAAUGUAUCAAUAAAAACUGUUAUGACUUUAGUUAUUGUCUCUGAAUCCAACACUGCAGCCGGAGUUGCUGCUUUAAAUCGCAGUUGGAUUAUUCUGUGCAAUAAAGAAAAACUCCUGUCAAA